UAAAGUGCGGGACUGUCGGAGGUAGGCAGAGCUCCGACCGGACAACACACACACACCACACACACACACACACCAGCAGCAGUCUCUACAAGGUUCAGUUCAGUCACUCGGGUCUCUGUCACGGAGACGAACGACAGGCGCGACUGUAUGGGACAUUUUCCCCCUGUAGUUCAUUUAAGGUUUCCUCACGAGCUGUCAUCUUUUUUUUUUUUUUCUUUCCAUGUUUUUUCCUACUUUAAUGAAUAGGAUGCUCGUCUUCUCCGAGCGACCCUGCGCGUGUUGACACAUCCCCCCUGCACGCCGAGCUGCGUCCAGCAGCCUGUGUGUUUUCCUCCAGGAAAAAAAAAAGUUGGACGCGCUGAAAACUGCUGCUGCUGCCCCGCUUUGGAUGCUGCUGAAAUGGGAUCGCACCAGCGAGAGAGCGCGUCCGCGAUCUGCAGCAGAAGUUUGCUGUGGACCGUGCUGGUCCUCUGGCUGGUCGCCUUCGCGGACGGGACCUGGAAGACUGGACUUUACAAAAGCUACUCAGCCGGGACGCAGCUGGGCAGAGACCAGGCUGCAGCGGCAGGAGCCUCUCACACUUCCAUCUACCAGAAGAGGAACUGGUGUCCUCAUACAGUGACCAAAACGGUGACCUGCCAGGUGCAGAACGGGACGAUCCUCCAGCGGGUUUACCAGACCUGCCGCUGGCCUCAGGGAUGUACAGGAGGCAGCUACAGGACAGUGGUCAGGCCUUCCUACAAAGUGGUGUACCGCACUGUCACUUCUCUGGAAUGGAAAUGCUGUCCAGGAUUCAGUGGCGCUGCCUGUGAAGAAGAUGCAGGGAACCAGCUUGUAGCUCAGGAGGCAGUGAGGAAGCCCUCCACGCUUCGCCGACCACCUGCACGCUCCGGAGACCUGCUCUCCAAUUGUCUCAACUGCAGUCGAAUCACAGCUUUGAGCGACAGGCUGAACUCACUGGAAACAAAGGUACAAUUGCUCACUGCCCCGGCAUCCACAUCGCAUCGCCACCUCCAACUGAAAGGCGGGACCGCUCCCGAGGCCUCGGUCCUGACGGGGGCGGUGCCCGCUCAGGGAGCUCCUGGUGAGCAGGGACCUGCAGGCCCUCAGGGGGAAAGAGGGAGAGAUGGGCUUCCCGGCAGAGACGGGAAGCCGGGGUCUCGAGGGCUGCCCGGUCCCAGCGGGCCUCGAGGGGAGGCCGGCGUGAGGGGCCCGUCUGGAUCUCCUGGAGCGAAGGGAUCGCCGGGAAUAUCAGGUCCUCGUGGUCCGCCAGGACACCCGGGAGAGAAGGGUCUGCCCGGGCCACCUGGUCCACCAGGACCUCCAGGUCCUCCUGCACCAGCAAGUGCCCACAUCCCAGAACCCGAUCACAGUCGUGGAAAAGACCCCUUCUUCAGCAACACUUUCCAUGACUCACGAGGGUUGCCUGUUCCAGGACCUCAGGGUCCUCCGGGGCCCAUCGGUCCCCCUGGUCCUAAAGGCCCAUUAGGACCUCCCGGCCCGCCAGGACAGAAUGGGAAACCUGGAGCUCCUGGAACACAGGGCCCUAUAGGACCAAAAGGAGAGCGAGGGGAGAGAGGUCCGUUAGGUUACCCGGGAGAGAGGGGCUUCAGAGGCGAGCCGGGAGCACCAGGUCCCAAAGGAGAGCCAGGAGAGAAGGGUUUACCGAGCAAUCUCAAUGGGGACGGAAUACAUCAGAUCAGAGAGGCGCUGAAGAUCUUAGCCGAGAGGGUUUUAAUCCUUGAGACUAUGAUCGGUAUUCAUGAGCCUGAUCUAGGGUCUGGGGAUGGACCGUUUGGCACUGCCUCCCCUAGUUUCUACAGAGAUAAGCGAGCAGGUGCAAUUCCACAUCGACUUGCUUCUCCCCUGUCCUCCGACACCAAGGUUCGAGGGAAGUAGCCCCUCCUCCCUCCCCCGCUCACCUUGAGGAUCACUGGCUGGGUUGACCCCCCCUUCCGAUAGGUCUCAUCGGCACUCGACAGAUUAAGACCGUGUGUGAAGCCUGCUCUGGCCUUUACCGGUCAGAUUAAGGGAGGGUGACACCUCAGGGAAACUCCACUGAUGCUCCGUUGGGAACCCGAGAACUAGCUUGACCCCCACAUCUGCCCCCCCCCCAACUGCCAUAAACAUUUACUUUUACACAACACUCCCCUGCUGCCCCUUCUGUGUUUGAUUUUGUUGGCUACAGAGCUGAAGUCUCAUGUUAAAGAGUCUUAUGUUUGAGGUAAGAAAAAAAAAAAAAAGAAACCUCUUUGGUGCUCUUCCUAAAGCCCCGUAAAGUACUGGACACUAAGGGUCAUUCAGAAUAAUCGACUGAAGGAGACAUCAGAUUCGAGAGAAGAGACUGGAUUUAAGUUUGUGUUGCUUUUACAAUAUAACUGCAUUCUAAAGAGAAUCCAUUAUUUAAUUAUACUGAGCAUGUACAGUUUGCAGGACACGAUUACACAGACCUCUUCUUCUAGUAAGGAUUUUGUUAUACUUCUAUCAUUUUGUUUAACUCGAUGUAAUGUAGUGCACUAAAAAAAAAAAAAAUGAAGUCAUCUCCCUCUAACUGAGGUG